CACCACAGCUAGCGGCUGCUGAUAUGGGGCGUUAGAAGUCAGUUGUUUACAACUCUGAACAGCGGAGUUUCCUUCACUCAACGACUGGCUUUGAGUGGUGAGAGAGUGAGAGAGAGAGAUAGAUAGAUAGAUAGAUAGAGAGAGAGACACUAUGUCCUCUAGGAGAAUUGGCAGUAGCACUUUCAGCGUCCUCCUCCCGGGGUCCACCAGGUGUUUGUUGCUUCUCUCCGGUCUGUGUCAUGUUAUAUCUGGAGGUACUGACAGGGACAGAGUCCAUGACCUGAUGUCCAGAUAUCCCCUCAUUGACGGGCAUAAUGACCUGGCUCUGAAACUGAGGAUCCAUCACAACAAUCGCUUAAGUCAAGUGGACCUUCACAAACUUAAUAAAGUGACCACUGAUGUCUCUCGUCUACGAUCAGGACAUGUGAAGGCACAGAUGUUUGCAGCCUACGUGCUCUGUGGGUCUCAGCAGAAGGAUGCUGUGAGGCUGACCCUGGAACAAAUAGAUGUGGUCAGACGCAUGUGCACCGAGUACCAGGACUUUGAGCUGGUCACAUCUGUCCAGGGACUGAGGAGCUCUAUGAUGAAUAAGGACAAGAUAGCAUGUCUUCUAAGUAUCGAGGGAGGACACUCCAUUGACAGCAGCCUUCCUACUCUGCGGAUGUUUUACCAACUUGGGGUCCGUUCCAUGACCCUCACACAUAACUGCAACACACCUUGGGCAGAGUCAUCGUCCGAUCUGUACGCUGUCUUUCAAAGAAAGAAUGAGAGCCUGACACACUUUGGGAAGGCUGUGGUGCAGGAGAUGAACAGAUUGGGAAUUAUCGUUGACCUCUCCCAUACUUCGUGGGAAACUGCAUUUUCUGUGCUGAAUAUUUCCAGGGCUCCUGUUAUUUUUAGCCAUUCAUCAUCUUACUCUAUCUGUGAGCACACGCGCAAUGUACCUGAUUGGCUGCUGCGUGAACUGAAAAAGAAUCAGGGGAUAAUCAUGGUGAAUUUUUACAGUAAAUUCAUUUCCUGCCAGAAAGAAGCGAACGUCUCUCAUGUAGCCGAUCAUUUCGAUCACAUUAGGGAGCUGAUUGGUGCAGAGUCAAUUGGAAUCGGAGGUGACUACGAAGGAGCUCAGACCUUCCCUCACGGGUUGGAGGAUGUGUCCAAGUAUCCCGCUCUAAUCCAAGAAUUGCUAUGGAGGAACUGGACUGAGGACGAAUUGGCUGAUGUUCUUCAAAGAAAUUUCAUUCGAGUGUUUGAGGAGGUGGAACGGGUCAGUAAAGAGUUAGGUCAUACUCAAACUAGUGAGGUUGAGAUCCCCCUAAAGGAGGUCCAGAACCCCUGCAGGCUGGUCCUUGAACCUCCAAAGCAGAGAGAAGUGACCACUCUCAAGAAUCCAUUCUCCAGAGCUCAGUCGAGAAAACCAGUUCUGCUGAUCCUGGCUGUAGCUCUGCUGGUUUCGACUUAAGUCAUGAAUUAUUGAAUACUCCUAAAUGUAAUUGUGUUGCACUGUCAGGUUUAUUUAUGUGAACACUAGGAGAGAGAGAGAGUGAGACUGAGAGUGAGAGAGAGCUUGGUGGUAGGUAAUAGUUAGUAGCCAAGAUCUGGACACUUGCACUUUGACCACUUUGAUCGCCUUAAAAUAAAUUAGCUGUAAGGCUAACCUGAAGAAUCAAGAAUUCUUUGAGCAGAACCAUUAAUAUUUUUUUUAGUCCCAAAUUACUUGCACUCAGCUGCCUUCUCAUCAUUUGAUGAAACCAAUUUCAACAUACUUAACUUGACAAAAUCAAUGUGAUUUUUUUAAAAUCCCUGCAUAAACUGAAUAAAUACAAUGUUAUGUCAAACCAUG